AUGUCUGGGAAAGCGGAUGAUGACAUUUCUCGAUUGGUAUAUACAGCACUUGAUACGUUCGGAUAUCACCUAGAGUCCGUGUCUUUUCGUUCAAAAGUCUAUGACAAUUUGUCAAAUAUAGCAACUCUAUGUAAUUCUAGGGAAGGAAUAUCACAUUCAGUUGUCUUUGUGGGUAGCUUAGGUGAAGGUGUUGGAUUAUCAGACAGCGAUUUAGAUGGAAUGAUAAUACUUGGUGACACCAUAUGUGUAGAAAAAGCAAGCGCUCAAGGACACUUCAAUAUUCUGGAGCUGGAUAAUGCAACUUCUCCUCCUGGAUACACAAAAAUAGUUCCUGUGUAUUUGGAUGAAAAUAAUUUGAGUCAUAUUUUGUUUAAGUCUUCAUAUAUGUACACAUCUCAGACAGGGUGCCCAUAUAUAUCUAGUGCUGUACUCAGUAAUUAUGUUCAUAAGUGGGUAGAAAUAUUAUACAGUAAAAGAUAUGAUGGCUUUAAAAAUGGAAAGGUGACGAAAAACGGUCCUGCUACAACGUUUGAAAUCAUGGUUUCAUGCGAGCAGGAUAUAGUUCCUUCUGUAUAUUGUUUUGGGGAAAAACAUUUAAGGAAAUGGAAAGACAGAACCAGACGUAACACGUGGCCAUCAAUUAAUCUAGUUCAGGAAAUUUCUGAGAUGGAAGGUUAUACUGUGCCUGUUGGGGAUAAAUUAAGUGACAGCCAUUUUUUGGAAUGGCGGAUAUGCUACACUACUGCAGAAAAGAAAUUGAUAUCAACUCUAAACGAUGUUCAAGUUAAAUUAUAUGUAUUGUUAAAACUCAUAGCAAAGAAAAUACUGAAACCUGUUUGUAAGGAUAUUACUUCUUACAUAGUAACAAAUGUUGUUUUCUGGGUUGUAGAAACAAAUCAGGAAAGCUCGUUUUCUCCAGAAUUAUUGUUGAAGCUAGUACAAAAAUCAUUGUUUUUCCUUAAAUACUGUCUAGAAAAUAAUCAUUUUCCAAAUUAUAUGAUACCAGACAGAAAUCUUCUGAAUGUAGUAUUCGGUCAUUAUAAAACAAAGGUCAUACGUUUGUUAUCCGAUUGUUUGAAAGAGGAAGGAUCUAUAGUUCUUAGGGUUCCAAAACUGCGUGAAUUAAUGUAUUGCAACUUUACAACGAUAGAAAGAACUAUCUAUAGAGAUUGGAGAAAUGAGGCAGAAAAAUAUAUUUUAAAUAUAUGA